GAUACGAGCACUCACAGCUAAGAGCCUUUCGUACAGCACUGCUGAGACCUCCUGAGCCAGCUUCCGUCCAAGAGAAAAGCUCUCCCCACAGCUAUAAUGGAAGGGUGCUUCUCUGCUGCUGUUCAGAAGAUGGAGCAAAUGGUGAUGUUUCCCAGUCUUCUCCAAGGGGUCUCCUUGGAAGAGCAAGGUGGUGACACAUCUGAGGCCGACUCUGCCGACAAAGAUCUGUAUGAAUAUUACGUGCUGCUAAAAUCCAUCCGGCAGAUGGUGGAAGGUGGCCUAGUGCCUCUCGACAGCCGGAAGCCCCAAACUGCCACCCGGCUGAAAGGACAGGAGGGCAAAGAGGAAGAUGAUCUCGAAGGACUCUUCUAUCACCAUGUAUCUGCCUUGACCAGUGUCCUGAACCAGCUGACCAGGAGAGCCAACACCGUGACCUCCAAAUACGACGAAAUUAUGCGGCAUUUCAACCAGAGCAGAAUUACCCUCCGCUGGUGAAACCCAACCCAUUAACUAGAAAGGGUGACUCAGCAGCUUUUGCUCGAGCGUCUUCUUGAACCUGGGAAGGAACUCUUUAGCCGGCCAACACAAGAAGACAUCCUGCGUGACUGCCAGAUGGACCGUGUGGUGGCAGAGCAAGAGCAACCCCAUCUGGACAUUUCAAGCACGGAUGUCCCCCCACCCCCACCCCAGAACUCCAGGACAUCCUUUUGCUUCAAGAGUUACUGCAGUUUGAACAUCACUUGCAAAGAAAUUAAGCCGUUUGUCCUGCUAAUGAUGUAUUUAAUAGUGGGUGAUGACCCCACAGUUCUAAGAAAAUGUUUUUAUUUUAUUAAAUAAUAUGUUGUAUUAUAUAUUUUUUAUUAUUAUUACUAUUGUUGUUAUUAUGUCCAGAAUCAUUGCUGCACAUUACUUUUUACAACAUAAGCAAAUAAAUUGAAAAAAAUUACUCCAGAAAA